AAAGCAAACUCAGUGUUCCUUUCCUCUCUCCCUCACUAUUUUCAAGUUUACCAAAGGCUGUUCCGUUCUUGCUCUGAAUCUGAAAAGGAGAGAAAGCGUAAAGUUAGGCAGUGUCUGUCGAGUAUUGGCGAAAAAGCAUAUAUCAUCCCCGUAAACUUCCAGGUAGUUCACCUCGAACGGGCUAGCAUGAGGAUAAGCUCAAGCAGUUGAGUUCAUCCGAGGUUGCUUACACCAUCUAAGGGAGUUCACUUUGGAAUGGCUUGUCAUAAGGAUGAGCUCAAGUAGUUGAGUUCAUCUAAGGUUGUUUACACCAUCCAAGGGAGUUCACCUCGAAAUGGCUUGUCAUAAGGAUGAGCUCAAGUAGUUGAGUUCACCUCAGAAUGGGUUGUCAUAAGGAUGAGCUCAAGCAGUUAAGUUCAUCCGAGGUUUACCUCAUCCAAGGUUUACCUCAUCCAAGGUAGUUACCCUCAGAAUGGGUUAUCAUGAGGAUGAGUUCAAGCAGUUGAGUUCAUCCGAGGUUUACCUCAUCCAAGGUAGUUGACCUCGGAAAGGGCUAUCAUGAGGAUUAGCUCAAGUAGUUAAGUUCAUCCGAGGUUGCUUACACCAUCCAAGGGAGUUCACCUCGGAAUGGCUUGUCAUAAGGAUGAGCUCAAGUAGUUGAGUUCACCUCGGAAUGGGUUGUCAUAAGGAUGAGCUUAAGCAGUUAAGUUCAUCCGAGGUAGUUGACCUCAAAAUGGGUUAUCAUGAGGAUGAGCUCAAGCAGUUGAGUUCAUCCGAGGUUGCUUACACCAUCCAAGGUUGCUUACACCAUCCAAGGGAGUUCAGCUUGGAAUGGGUUGUCAUAAGGAUGAGCUCAAGUAGUUGAGUUCAUCUGAGGUUUACAUCAUCCAAGGUAGCCCACCUCGGACUACCAUCACACUAUUCCCCCUUUGUGAGUCAUUCACUUGUGAAUGAUGUGGAGGUUACGUGGGUAGCGGGUAGUCUGAGUUAAUUCGAGGUCAUUUGCCUCAUUCGGGGUCAUUUGCCUCAUCUGGGGUAGUUCACCCGAUUAUCAUGAGGAUGAGCUCAAGCAAUUAAGCUCAUCCGAGGUA